GAAAAAAAGCCAUGGAGCAGCUUCUCAUCUCCAGCAGUUGAACAGCUGACCGCUGACAGUGUAGCUGCGUGCCUGCGUCCGUGAGCGUGUGUGUGUGUGCGCGUGUGUGUUUGUGUGUCGUGCGGGAGAGAGAUUUUUUUGUAUAAAAAUUUUAUGUUAACCAUUGAUUGGUUUUUGAUUUGACAUUAAUGCUAAGUUUUUUGCAAUAGCUCAAUUGCAACAAUGUGUAAAAUAUCCAUGUGAUCCAAUCGUGCGGUACUCACUCAUCGUUUUUCUCCCGCGUCACGUACCGUCGUCUUUCAUUCAUCAACAGUUACAAAAUUGAUUGUAGUCCGUAGUUGUUCAGUGUUAAAUUCCUAGCCGUAGCGACCAAGUGUGAUUUUCCGCGAUGAGUGCAACAGCAACACCGGAGAGCAGUAAGAAACGUCAAAAAACGUGUCUACAGGUGGCAACGAAUGUGACGGAACAGAAGCAUCAUGUUACACGAGAGACGCGCGGAAAAAAUCUGGGUCUAUGUCGUGGCUUUCGUGGCUGCACAGUGUGGCUAACCGGUUUAAGCGGUGCUGGUAAAACAUCGAUCGCAUUCGAACUGGAGGCGUACUUGGUGUCCCGGGGAAUACCCGCCUAUGGCCUGGAUGGAGACAAUAUACGCACUGGAUUGAACAAGAAUCUGGGAUUUACGCCCGCCGAGCGCGAGGAAAAUAUACGACGAGUGGGCGAAGUGGCCAAAUUGUUUGCCGACAGCGGAGUUGUGGCCAUCUGUAGUUUUGUGUCGCCCUUUGCCGAUGAUCGGGAGAUGGCCCGCAAAAUUCACAAGGAUGCUGGGCUUAAGUUCUAUGAGAUCUUUGUGGACACACCGCUGAAUGUGUGCGAGACCCGCGAUGUGAAGGGGCUCUACAAGAAGGCACGGGAGGGCACCAUCAAGGGCUUCACCGGGAUCACGCAGGAAUAUGAGCGACCCCAACAGCCAGAGUUGGUUGUGAAUACGGAUGGGUAUACGGUGCGUGAGUCCACGCAGGAGCUGGUUACCCUGCUGGAGCAAGAGGGUAUCAUUCCACGUUCCCUGCGUGAUGUGGAUCUGCUACCCGAAUUGUAUCCAAGCGAUGCGAUUGCCUCGCAGACUUUACGCCACGAGGCCGAAUCGUUGCCGGGACUCGACAUUAGUACGGUAGAAUUGCAAUGGGUUCAAGUCCUUGCCGAAGGAUGGGCCUUCCCUUUGCGGGGAUUCAUGCGUGAGGAUGAGUAUUUGCAGACGCUGCACUUCAAUACGUUGCAAAGUGGCAUGGAUGGAUCCUAUCGAGAGAAUCACUCAGUGCCCAUUGUCCUGAGUGCCACAACAGCGGACAAGGAGCGCCUGGAGGGUGUGUCUGCCCUCACAUUAAAGCAUCAGGGUCAGGCGGUGGCCAUAUUGCGGCGACCUGAAUUCUACUAUCAACGUAAGGAGGAACGUCUGUCUCGUCAAUUUGGCACUAGCAAUCCAUCGCAUCCGUACAGCAAGCAGGUCUAUGAAGCUGGCGAUUAUCUGGUCGGCGGUGAUCUGGCCGUCAUUGAACGCAUCCGAUGGCAGGAUGGUCUCGAUCAGUAUCGCCUAACGCCAAAUGAGUUGCGUCGCAAAUUCAAGGAACUCAAUGCGGACGCUAUAUUCGCCUUUCAGCUGCGUAAUCCCAUUCACAAUGGUCAUGCUCUCCUUAUGCAGGAUACCAGGAGGCAGCUGUUGGACCGGGGUUUCAAGCAACCGGUUCUGUUGCUCCAUCCAUUAGGCGGUUGGACCAAGGAUGAUGAUGUGCCGCUGCAGGUCCGUAUGAAGCAACACCAGGCCGUCCUCGACGCCGGAGUGCUGAGGCGCGAGGACACUGUGCUGGCCAUCUUUCCAUCGCCAAUGCUGUAUGCCGGUCCGACAGAAGUCCAAUGGCAUGCCAAGGCUCGAAUGAAUGCCGGUGCCAAUUUCUAUAUUGUCGGAAGGGAUCCUGCGGGCAUGCCGCAUCCCGAUAAACAUGCCUAUCCCGAUGGCAAUCUCUAUGAUGCUACCCAUGGAGCAAGAGUCCUAAAAAUGGCCCAAGGACUGGAUAGCAUGGAGAUCCUGCCCUUCCGUGUGGCCGCCUACGAUAAAACUGCCAGCCGCAUGGCCUUCUUUGAGCCACAACGCAAAGAUGACUUUGAAUUCAUAUCGGGCACCAAAAUGCGAACAUUGGCCAAAACUGGAGCCAGUCCCCCGGAUGGGUUCAUGGAGCCAAAUGCCUGGCAAAUCCUGUCGACCUAUUAUCAGAAUUUGCCUCAGGCGUAACCCAUGGAGACAGCUCCAGAGCUGCCGUCGCGUGCAAUUCCUUUCUUUCUUCCCUUGGCAAUAUAUUUACUUACAUUUACUCAA